UGUGUCAGAACCUGGUCCUUCUAGCUGCUGUUUGCCACUAAGAUUUUAUCUGUGCUUGCGUCAGAGCUCCAUGGUCAGAGUACAGAGUCACACAAUUUCUGUCAGGCUGGGCGCGCUGGUGACAUUGAUUUGUCUUGCAGAGUUUUGCUUUGUGUCGUAACAUUCGACGAUCGGGAACAUCCAUGAAGCUUCGUCAGUCCCUGCUUGACAAGGCUGCGGUGCUUGUCCUGUUGCUAACAUCAGCCGCUGAGGUUAGCGUACAGGGGGAUGCAUCGUGCACUGGCAUAAGUAAGGAUGUGGCCUGUAAAAAGUGCAGUGAAAGUACUCACAAGUGUAUGCCAGGUGAGGUGCCUAUCGACCCUUGGUUGGUAGCCGCGGCCAAACAGCAACGAGAGCUACAGAUUGACGAGCCUUGGGAUAGGCUCCAAAUGCUUGAUGCACACAAUGGUUACAAUGCCAGAGCUUGGGGAUUCGGAGUAACCGACACGUGCCCCUGGCCUCCACCCUACCCGAUGGACUGUAACAACUAUGCAAACCAAGAGUUCAGCUUUAUGGAUCUGCUGAACAUGGGCAUCCGUGCGCUCGAGAUUGACAACUGGUUCUGCUAUAAUGAGAUGCGCAUGGCGCACUUAGGCGAUACCAUCGAUCUUGAAUGCAGUGAAACCGACCCCCUUUUUUCUGACGGCAUCAAGGAGAUCGCUGAUUGGAUAAAUUUACCUGGCAACGGAGAGGAGAUGGUUCGGAUCUACAUGAACGAGAAAUAUAAUCAGGGCAAUGACGAUUCUGUCAACGACCCAUUGGAGCAGUACCUGGGCGAUCGCAUACUUACCCCGGCAGAACUGGCAGACACAUACGGUGGGAAGUGGCCAACACCGAGGCAAAUGAGACAGGCGGGAAAGAACGUAGUCGUUGCAACGGGCAGUACCGCAGGAUCGGGGGAAGUUUAUCCCCAUGGAGGAAAGUACAUCCACAAGAUUUACUGGGAAGACAAGCAAAUGAGACUGUUCACAAAUUAUCCCGAAUGUGGCACCAAGAACCUCACAAACAAGAUUCGAUACUACAGCGAUGCCACCCACUAUGGAAAUAGCACACAUUUGAAACACGAUGGACCAAGCAACGGAGCGGGAGUCAUAUAUGACUUUACGGAGUUCGUCAAGUGCAGGGUGCAGUACCCGGCUACCGAUAUGAUCACCCCCGACCUCAUUAAGACUGCCCUGUUUACCUGGGCUGAAGGGCAGCCAGACCCUGAGCUUACCUCGGAGUCCUGCGUUUGGGUCAGCCGCACGGACUGGCGAUGGUACGUUUCCGAGGACUGCUCCAUUGAGUUGUACUGUGCAUGUCAAAGCACAACGGACCCGGAUGACUGGAAAAUCAGCUCAUCUCCUGCCUCCUAUAGCUCAAGCAGUGACGCCUGCCCAACUGGGUACAAAUUCAGCGUGCCUCAAGACGGUUUUAGACACCAAAAGCUGAAAGACGAGUCGGGGGGCAACUCCGUUUGGAUUAACAUCACACCCUGGCUUCCAGAAAAGGAAUCGGCAGCGCCCUCUGUGGGCCAAUUGUCGUCUACAGCUUUGCUUAUGAGCCUCCUACUCGGCAGUUUCUUGCGCUAUUGAAACACGUGGCAGAUUCGACAAGAAAUUUAUAAAAUAAAGUACGACCGAACGAAAAUAAAGGAUGACGUUAAUAACUGCACACUACAAAACAGGAAAUGGAUGUUAGUAGCACCCGCAUUGCCAUUAUCUGUGGGAUUUUGAAACAGAGAAACCUUUCGGACUCUAGGCGUUUGUACAGUUCAUCAGAAAUAAAUUAGGAUGUUUCAGCACAAACCGACUGAUGCCAUGACAUAGUAAAAGUAAUCAAAGCCAGGAAGCUAACAUACAUCCCAACAGUGUCUCUGGCUUUCUGCCCCAUAGAUAAUUUUAAAAAAUCAAUAUUAUAUCAUUACAAACUUCGAAGCCGGCAUGUACAAGUGUCACCAGGCAUUGUAUAGGUUGACAAAUUGCAGUUUGUCGCUGUACGUGCAUGGUUCCUGUUUUUACAGUUCGCACUUAGGACACAAUAAUCAGUAGAAAUAGGAUUGUAAAGUAACACCGAUUUUUGUCUUCAGGUUUUUGUUUUUUGUUUUAGUUUGCCAGAACUACCCACAGAAACAGUCUAAGACUAAUUUUAAUGCACAUUGCGCGUAUUUUAUCAAGAGUGCUGCUAUAGAUCAUUUUAAAUAGGGGGUGAGGGUGCCAUCAUGACAUUUGCACCCCGACCUAACACUUAGGUGACCUUCCCCUUCCCCGGCCAUUCUUUCCGGCAGCAUCAUGAUUUCGCCGAUGAAACUAACUAAUGCUUGCGUAACACCCCCCUCCCCAGCGACGCCCGUAGUUUUCGUUUUCGCAAACCAUGUGUUUUGUGAUUUCAGUGUUAAAGUUAAAUCCCACAACCCGUUAAGCCGUCAACUGACAAUUCUAGGCCUAAAAAUGACUUUAGGCAUAUUGAAAGUAUCUCAAAGAAAACUCGAGAAGUCGUAGCAAAGCUAUCGCACAGAAUAAACCAGCCAAUAAGCCUUUUGCGAGUGACCUUGAAUGAAAUCUGGUACUCUGAGAUUUUAAGUUCACGAAACAUACAAUUUGAAUUCUCCACACU